AUGGUGGACGUCCGGUCCAAGAACCUCUAUGAGCUUCUUGGUAAUAUCCACCCUUUUGCUUACCCUUGGCAACGAUCCCGAGCUCGACCCCUCCAGACCUGCCCCCCUCCCGCCCGGGCUGUCGACCGUCCCUCCGACCGCAUUGGCAAGCGUGAUGCCCCCAAGGAGGCUCCCGUCACCACUCCCAAGCCCAGCUCUGGCCGCCGUGGUGGCCGUGGCCCCGCUGGCAACGAUGGUGCCUUCCGUGACCGCAACGCUGGCCGCGCCAACAACCGUGCGAAGCCCACUGAUGAGGCCGAGCAGCCUCCUCGCCGCAACCGUGCCCCCCGCGGUGACCGCCAGUCCCGCACUGGCCAGACUGACACCCGCAAGCAGGUCCAGCAGGGCUGGGGUGGUGAGUCCGGCGACAAGAACCUAGCCGAUGAGCAGGCUGGUGAGAAGAUCGCCGAAUCCGAUGAGAAGGAGCCUCAGACUCCCGCCGAGGAGGAGGAGCCCGAUAACUCCAAGUCCUUCAGCGCCUACCUGGCUGAGCAGGCUGAGAAGAGCAGCCUCGCUGCCAAGCCCGUUCGUGUUGCCAACGACGGCGUCGAGGACUCCAAGUGGGCCUCUGCUGUUGAGCUGAAGAAGGAGGAGUCCGAUUACUUCCAGCGCACUUCGGAGAAGAAGCAGCGCGAGAAGCAGCGUAAGGAGAAGAACUUCCUCGAUGUCGACAUCCGCUACACUUCCGAGCAGCCCGCUACCUCCUCCCGCGGUGGCCGUGGUGGCCCCCGUGGCGGCCGUGCUCCCCGUGGCGACCGCCCUGCCCGUGGUGCUCCCCGCGGUGGUGCCCGUGGCACUCCCACCACUCCUCGCGGCCGCGCUGCCAACACUCCCGUCAGUGCUGGCCCUACCGUCGACGAGAAGAACUUCCCCAGCCUGGGCGGCAACUAA